AGCAGCUGGAGUCGAGAAGUAGGAGUAGUUUCCUCCAUUCAAACCAGUGAGAGCAUGACACAGAAGGAAGCUGAACGUGAUCAGAAAUAAAACAAGAAAGUUUGCUCGAGAAAUGUUUCAUGAUGAAGUUAUAGAAUAACGUUUUGACAUCCAUUUAAAAGGAAAACUCCCCCCUUGUUAACCGAUAACCUCAGCUGAUUCCCCGGCUGACUGUCAAGGAGCGCACCCAGUGUUGUAACUGUGGAGGUAAACAUGGCCGCCCUCGGACCUCUGUCAAGAAUAACCCGGUUUGGAUGCAACCUCUGUCGGAACCACCGUUUGAUGUUUAACAGAAACUCUCAGAAACGAGGAAUAGCUUCGUGUAUUGACCCUUCAUAUGGACUCACAGACGAGCAGAAAGAGUUUCAGAAAGUGGCCUUUGACUUUGCAGCCAAUGAAAUGGCUCCACACAUGGCGGAGUGGGACCAAAAGGAAGUCUUCCCAGUGGAGACGAUGCGGAAAGCGGCCCAGUUAGGGUUCGGUGGGAUCUACACUCGGCCGGAGGUCGGGGGGUCAGGCCUCUCUCGUCUGGACACGUCCAUCAUUUUUGAGGCCCUGUCCACAGGAUGUGUUAGCACCACAGCUUACAUUAGCAUCCACAACAUGUGUGCCUGGAUGAUUGACACCUUUGGGAAUGACCAGCAGAGGGAGAGGUUCUGUCCUGACCUCUGCUCCAUGGAAAAGUUUGCAUCCUACUGUCUGACUGAACCAGGCAGUGGCAGUGACGCCGCUUCACUCCUCACAUCCGCCCAGCGGAAAGGGGACCAUUAUGUCUUAAAUGGCUCCAAGGCGUUUAUCAGUGGUGGAGGAGACACCGACGUGUAUGUUGUGAUGUGCAGAACGGGAGGCAAGGGGCCUAAAGGAAUCUCAUGUUUGGUGGUGGAGAAGGGAACACCAGGCCUCAGUUUUGGCAAGAAGGAGAAAAAGGUGGGCUGGAACUCUCAGCCAACCAGGGCCGUGAUAUUCGAGGACUGUGCCGUCCCGGCGACCAACCGGCUGGGCGAGGAAGGACAGGGCUUCAACAUCGCAAUGAAGGGCCUGAAUGGAGGCAGGAUUAAUAUCGCUUCCUGUUCUCUGGGAGCAGCGCACGCCUCCGUGCUGCUUGCGAAGGAUCACCUGUUGGUGCGGAAGCAGUUUGGCGAAACGCUUGCCAACAACCAAUUUCUGCAGUUCAAACUGGCAGAAAUGGCCACCAAGCUGGUGGCGUCUCGCCUGCUGGUGCGCGAGGCCGCCACGGCGCUACAGGAGAACCGAGCCGACGCCGUUUCGCUCUGCUCCAUGGCCAAGCUUUUCGUUACGGACGAGUGCUUCGACGUCUGCAACCAGGCUCUCCAGAUGCACGGUGGCUACGGCUACCUGAAGGAUUACGCAGUGCAGCAGUUUGUGCGGGACAUCCGAGUCCAUCAGAUUCUUGAGGGAACCAACGAGGUGAUGAGGAUGAUUAUUUCUCGAAACCUACUCACAGAGUCGUGAUAAAUCUGUUCCUCCCCACCUCCAGACGAACGGCGUAGUUGUGGUCUUGAUUUAUUGCGACGGCGUGGCCGGUCCUGAUCACACUUCUUCCAGUUUUGACAGAAAUUAUCAGAGAGGUUGGUGUAAAUGAGAUCGUAUUUUUGCGGUAAAGCAUCAGAUUAUUUGCCGAGUUAGGAGCUGUGACAGGGCUCUUAAAGUGGAAAUCAAGAUUAUCCUCUAGUGCAAAGUGCCGCACCUUAUCAGUAGCUGCACAGUUUUUCAUGUAAAAAGGUCUACAAUCAUAGCUCAUUAAAACUAAAAUAUUGGCCACAUAAAUGUUUUUCUGAUUUAUCUGCCUAAGUAACAAAAAAACCAAAAACUGGUCUCCUGCUCAGAUUUUGCAAAGCAACAGACAGAUGUAGUGGUAGUUUAAGGUCAAGGUUUCACUUCCAGAACAUUCCUCUUACACUGCAAAAACACAGUGUAAGUCCUACCAAGUAGUUUUGUCUUGGACAUAUCUUCGUACAAUUAAAAAUCCAAAACUAACUUACAAGUAACUUUUCUUUGAGAUUUAAGAGCUUCUUCUAAGUCAACAAUCCCUUAAAAUGGAUAAGAACAAGGGCUAGUUUCACUGGCAGAUUAUUUAAUUUAUAACAAGACAGAAGUAAAAAAUCCACCAGUGGAACUGGUGGAUUUUAAAAAAACCAAAGUUAAUAAAUUCUUCACUUAAAACAAGUUACAAUAACUUGCAGAGAAGUUACUUGUAAGUUAGCUUUGUCUCACUUCAGGUGUGUUAAGAUAUUUGCACUUAAAAACUAAACAAAAGUACUUGGUAAGAUUGUUUUAAUUUUGCAGUGUAAGGGAUUUUUUUGUUUUCUGCACUCAAAUGCUAAAGUUACCAUAAUAGCUCCAUUCUACACAAACAGCCCAUCUUUACCUCUUGAAAUGCUCAGUGGAAACAUAUUUAAGACCCGGAGAGAGAGAAACAUGUUUAACGAUAGUUUUGCAGGUGUACUACGUUUUCAUCUUUUUAUAUCAGAUGUAACAGUGCAUACACUUCACAAAAACGUCCACUUCUGCCACAUCACUUCAUUGAUGAGGCAGAAAAGUCUUGGGACCCAGUAAAUCCACCUUUGUGACCUCCUGGAUGAGUCGAUUAACUUUGGCAGGCAGAGUAGUUUGGUUAUGCUGGACGCUCCUCUGUUUCGUCCUCCAUUUGCGGACGAGGCGGCUCACUGAAAUUAUAUAUAUAUAUAUAUAUAUAUAUAUAUAUAUAUAUAUAUAUAUAUAUAUAUAUAUAUAUAUAUAUAUAUAUAAUAGAACUUCUUUAGAUUGAAGAAUGCUUUUGAGUACUUUUUUAUUUUUAUUUUUUUUGUUGGCCUUGUUCAUAUCGGUUUCUGGCAGUACUCAUGCCUGAGCGAUGGAAAUGAAAUUGAACUCGGGUUUCCAAAACGCAGUGGACCUCUUUUGACGAUUUAAAAAUGAGGCAGAAAUGACUUUAGCAUGUAGGGCGUGGUCGGUUUGGAGGCGUUUGUCUCUGAUUACAUCAUUGCUACAUUUCUCUGAUAUUAAAAUUAGUCUGAUAUGAAAUAUUUAACAAAUACACCAAAACAAAAAAACUUUAUGUCGGUAAAUAUUUCUUCACAUGCUGAAAAUCAUGACUUAAUGCUUAUUUUAUUAUUAUUUUUUUUUACAAUGUGAAGCUGAGGUUUGGGCUGAGAAAAACAAACUCGAAACAGCCCAGAUGGUAGAUGGAAGUUUAAGGCUAAUUAAAGUGAGGCAUAAAGUUUUGAAGACAACAUCACCGUCACAGUUUAUGAGCUUAGAAUGCAAAGUUACAUUCAUUAGUUACGGAGAAAAUGUAAAUUCUAUGCCACUACAAAUGACUUUAUAAAAUUAGAUGUCUUUAAAAUGUUAGUUUGUAAAGAGUCAAAAGUUGGUGUCAAUAACACAUUUUUGCUUCAAGUGGCCUUCCAUGUCCCGUCUGUCAUUGUAAGUGCAUUUUGAGUUUGUUUUAAUCCAGAUUUCUAGUCGGGUCAGCGGAAAGGUUGUGUUUACACUCCAUAAUAAAACAUCUAUUCUUCCUCAAAACAAA